AUGGUAGCGAAUGAUCUGAUCAAGACAUUCGACAGAGUGCAGCUUGAAGUUGCCAAGCAUCCAGUGGGAAUGGACAGCGUCAAGAAUGCUCUCAUUCAGAAAUUAAACCUCAACUCAGUGAAAGAGGUGAUUAAAGUUGGAAUAUGGGCUACCGGUGGUAUUGGUAAGACCACUUUUGCCAAGGCCGUGUACAAUCAGAUUUAUACUGAUUUUGAAGCUGCUUCAUUUUUAUUUAAUGUGGGCACUGCUGCUAAAGAGUCCAGGGGCCUUACAAAUUUGCAGAAAAAAAUUCUCAAAGAUUUAUCCAAAUAUGGUGGAGAAGUGGACAGUAUUGAUGAAGGCAUAUCUCUGUUUAGAUAUCAUUUGAGAGGAAAAUCUGUGCUGCUCAUUUUGGAUGAUGUGGAUGCUGUUGUACAAUUGAAUGCUUUGCUUGGGGAUUGGCUGGGCUGCGACAGCAGAGUUAUUAUAACUUCUAGAGACAAACACAUUCUCAAUGUUGCCCAGAUCUCAUAUGAAUGCAUACACAAGGUGAGUGGAUUAGAGAUAAAUGAAAGCAUCCAGUUAUUUAAUCGGCAUGCAUCUCCAAGUCCUGAGUACGAAGAACUCUCCAAAAGAAUAGUGGAAGCUUGUAAGGGACAUCCUCUUUCAUUGGAAGUGGUUGGAUCCUUCUUGUCUGAUAAACAUAAUGAUAAGAAUUGCUGGACAGAAGCCCUUCACAACAUUCCCCUCAACCCAGAAAUUCAUGAAAGACUCUACAGGAGUUAUAGUGCUCUCAGUGAUGAAGAAAAAGAAAUAUAUCUAGACAUCGCUUGCUUCUUCAUUGGAGAAGAAAAAACAUUGCCGAUUGUUUUCUGGAAAUCGUUGUACCAGAUGGUAGACACUGCUGUAUCUAAUCUUUCAAUGAAGUUACUAAUAAAUAUUGACGACAAAGGCUUAUUUGAUAUGCAUGACCAUGUCGGAGAUAUGGGGCGAAGUAUUGCAGAAAAAGAGAAAAAGGGUGCCCGAAUAUGGGAGGAUGCCUGUUUAAGUAGUAUAUCCAACAGCACCAAUUUCUCUCGCCUUCGACUCAAUGGGGGUAAUCUGCAAAGACUUGAAAUGCUGUACAGACCCUCUCUUUCGUAUCUUCACUUGGAGAAUGUGCACGUUGAAGGCAUGACAAUGGACACACUAGCCACGCUUCCUCCCAGUUUGAGAUGGUUAAGGUUGGAAAAAUGUCACUUCGCAUUUGGAAUAAAUAGUCGUUACUCCGGACUUGUGAAUAACAUAUGGUUAAGCUUGCAAAAGUGCCAAUUUGCUUUUGGGAUGGAUAGUGCAAGAAGGAAGCCACGGUACUCUAGAUUUGUGGAUAACAUGAAGCUGAAGGCUAUGCAAAUACACGCCUGCGAAGGCAUUGACAGCGUUUCAAUCUCCUCCUUAUUUUCACUUGCUAAUAUACAACUCCAGCACUUGGAGUUGGAUUUGGAAAGUUAUUCGGGUCUAAACAACCUGCCUGAUACCAUUGGUAUCCUGUCACAGUUGCAGCACUUGGACUUGAGAGGGUAUGUGAGGUUAAAUAACCUUCCUGAUGUCAUUGGCAAUAUAUCACAAUUGAAGUACUUGGACUUGGGACUGUGUGGCCAAAUAAAAAACCUUAUUGAUACCAUUGGCAACCUGUCAGCACUUGAACUUGGAAUGCAUUGGCAAACUAUCCCAGCUGCAGCACUUGAACUUGAACUUGGAAGGGUGUAUGCACUUGAACUUGGAAGGUUACAGUAUUUGAACAUAAAAAGAUGUGAAAGCUUAAAUAAGCUUCCUAAUUCCAUUACUAAUCUGUCACAGCUCCAGUACUUCAAUUUGAAAGGGUGUGUACGCUUAGAUAACCUUCAUAAUAUUGGCAACUUGUCACAGCUGACUCAGCUGCAAGACAUUGGUUUUGACUUCCUCAGCUGUAAAGGUCUCGUUGGAGGAUACGGAGGCAUUCCGGGAUUCAACGCAAGAGAACGCGCAGAUAUAGAGGAAGGGGGCGAAAACCAAAAUCUUGGGUUUACCGUUUCUGUAACGUUGAACACAGCUGACAAUUAG